UCAGCAGUGGGGAACAUGUACCCCGCGGUCUCUGCUUGUCUUGACCCUGCUGCAGGGGGUCUGUGUCCCCAAUGAGAGUGGAGAUGGCAAGUUUCUUGAGCUCCUUUCUACCCAGCUGCCUCCCCUGCCUCCUCCUCCUCCUCCUCCAGUUGUCUUCUAGUGAUGCAGGACAGUUCAGAGUAAUAGGACCAGGGUAUCCCAUCUGGGCUCUGGUGGGGCAUGAAGCGGAAUUGCCAUGUCAAUUAUCUCCUGGAAGGAAUGCUACAGGCAUGGAGGUGGGAUGGUACCGGCCCCCCUUCUCUCGGGUGGUUCAUCUCUACCGAAAUGGCAAGGAUCAGGAUGGAGAUCAAGCACCUGAAUAUCGGGGCCGGACGGAGUUGCUGAAAGACAGUAUUGGUGAGGGGAAAGUGACCCUCAGGAUCAGGAAUGUAAGGUUCUCAGAUGAAGGAGGUUUUACCUGCUUUUUCCGAGAUCAUUCUUAUCAAGAGGAGGCAGCAAUGGAAUUGAAAGUGGAAGAUCCCUUCUACUGGAUCAGUCCUGGAGUGCUGGUUGCCAUGGCAGUCCUUCCUGCGUUACUCCUACAGCUGGCCGCAGGCCUGCUCUUCCUCUGCCUGCAGCGUAGACUGAGAGGAAAACUUCAAGCAGAGAUAGAGAAUCUUCACAGGACUUUUGAUCCCCACUUUCUGAGGGUGCCCUGCUGGAAGAUAACCCUGUUUGUAAUCGUGCCAGUUCUUGGACCCCUGGCUGCCUUGAUCAUCUGCUACAACUGGCUACAUCGAAGACUAGCAGGGCAAUUUCUUGAAGAACUAAGAAACCCCUUCUGAGUGAUUUUGCAUCUUGGCAAAAGUGGAGAAAAGCCUGGCUGGUCCAAAGAUUGAUCUUUGA